UAUAUUAUUAAAGUUGCGUGUGGGCCAUGUGGUAUUUACACUUCUUACUAGAAUCAUUAUCACCGCUUGGUGUCCUCCAAAUCAGUCGCAUUGAAUAGAAUAAAAGUUUGUCAUUCGUUUAACAGUUGUGAUGCGAAGGUGUGUAAUUAAUUUUAAUACAUUGUCAUACCUUGAGUAUUACAUUUUACUGGCCAUUAAUUUUUCCUAUGUUUCAUUCUGCAAAAAGUGAAUUUUAUUUUAUUUUAUUAUUAUUUCUUUUUACUGUUAAUUAAAUUUAUAAAAUGAGUAAUUUGUGUUGUGUGAGUUUAACAAUUGCUGCUAGAAUAAUUGCGGCAUUGGGAUUGUCAAUUUCAAUUCUUAUGAUCAAUGUGGUUAUGAGCGCAUUUUUUGUUAAAAAUGAACCAGAUGAUUUUUACUCGACAAUCAAAACUUGGACUAUAUUAGGACUACACUGGACACAGUAUAUUAAAAAUUUUAAAUUAUGUAAUGAAGUUCAAGCUGUUUUUUUUAGUUUUCUAAGUUACGCAUUUCUAUUAUUAAUAUCUUGUACAUUACUCGCGUUCGCAACAAUAGUAAGAAAACCAAACUGUGCGUUACCAUGGAUGUAUUUACAAAUUAUCAGUAUAGCCGAUCAAAUAACAGCUUUGGUAAUUCAUUUAACAGCUUAUUCGAAUUCUAAUAAUACCCAGACAUCACCUUUAUACUGGCAUUCUUCAUUAUCCAGUGUCUUUCUCUUACUAUCAACUUACUUUUGGAUGAUUGUUUUCUCAGCUCGCGAAAGCUGGCUAGGAAAUCAUAUUCGUACGACAGUUAAUUUUGACAAUUUAAAUCCGACAAUAGAAGAUAAUUUACCGCGUGAUUCAAAUUUACCAAAGACUCCGUCAUAUCUGGCACAAAGUGCAACGUUUUUUCAACCGACUUCUCCGGAUAAUCUUAACUCGAAAGCCAACAUAGUAUAAAAUUAAAUAAUAUUUGUAUAUAUUUAUAAAAUAACAUUAAUUAGUCUGAUGAUAAUUAUUAACUGCAAUAUAAAAUUUUUAUAAGGCUCGUGACUUUUAAUUAAAAGAUUAUAAAUUAUAAUAAAAAAUAUCUAGCUCUCUUAAUGUAUAUAUAUAUAUGAAAAAAUAUUAUACCAUAAAAACUAAAUGUGUCAGUCAAACAAGUAGUUCUUUAUCUGUAAAUAGCGAUUACUUUUUCCGUCUCAUUAAACUUGAUAAUUUUUAUUUCAAUAUUAAUUUUUAAAAUUUCUCUUGGUUUAUUGUAUAUUUUUAAAUAUCAACUAUAAUUAUAAAAUAAAUUAUUGUAAAUGUAAAUAACAUAAAUGUAUAGAUGAUUAUGAUGGACGAUAAACUCAAGUUCAGUGGUAGAUUUUUUUUUUUUACAAUUGAAUAUAUAAAAAUAUUCUUAGUCACGAUAAAUCAAGGCGGACAUACAACUAAUAGCGUGUAUCAAAUGUGCGUGAUCGUUGAAGCAUGAUAGCAUAGAAAAUAUGAGAAAUGUCUGCAUUUUACGUCAAAAUACUUUUAAACUCUUAAAAUUUUUCCGAUAUAUAUGUAUGAAUUUUUAAUGCCAUUAUUUAACAUACUGUAAAAAAUUUGCGGACAAAAUCCGGAGUAAAAUCCGGUUUUUUUUUAUUUAAUAUCCUUGGAGUGAAAUUUACUCCGAAGAGAGUUUAUUUCAAUAUCGAAACUCUGAAUCAGAGUCAAUGCGAAUUUAAAUAAAAUCCAGAUCACAAAUUUACUCCCGAUUUUUUACAGUGUAACGUUGACGAUUAAUAUAUAAAAUAACUUGAAAAUUGACAUCGAAAUGUAAACUUGAAUAAUAAAAUUAUUUACCUUUGGAUAAGAUUAUAAAUAGUUAUUAUUAGUCAUUAUUAUUGAUGUGCAAACAAAAUUUUAAUUUAUGUGUAUUCUUCCACGUGUACUAUGACUUAUCUUAUCAAUUGUAUACGGCGUAUAGUGAACUUUAAAUUAAAUUGUAACAUUCACUUUUUAAAAAUAAAAAA